AUGCAAAUCAUCAAGCGCAAUGGUGUUAGUGAUGGCGAUUGCGGUGGCGAUGACGAUGGCGAUGGUGAUGAUGAUGACGAUGAUAAUGGCAAUGUCGAUGGCGAUGGUGAUAACGAUGGUGAUAGCGAUGGUGAUGGCGAUAGUAAUGGAAUUACAAGAGGAAUGGUCCAGACAGCUCAGUCGCUACCAAUUAAGCAUGUACGAGAAUACGUCUACUUUACUCCUCCGCGCAUAUUACGAACUUUUGGGGGAUGUCACGUGCUGUGGGCUCCGGACAUGUCCUGGAACGCAUGGGGCUUAUCACGCGAUAUGCCUUCCAAGGCUCCGGAAACUGGUGGAACGUCUAAGGCCUACCACGAAUAUGCUUUCCAGAAGAUCAUGAAGCUUCGGAAACGCGUAGAACUCUUAAAGCCUGUCAUGACUUUAUCGUUAACCAAAGAGCCUCCGCAAGCCCAUGAUGAUGAACCCGAUGAUCUCGAACCGGCCUUCGCAACUCCAACCGGCUUAUCCCCGAUAUCUGUCUGCUCUUGCGCAAUUCCCGGAGCCUUAUCAAAUAGCCAGGUACCUCGUCGUCAUGAAGGUCGCAAACCGUGGGCUCGAUCUCGAACAGGAGUUGACGUGUUCUGCUAUCGAUCGGAAGGCUCACUGAUACAACGCCUGCCGAUGCAGAGCAACGAGGACGACGUUGAUGGCACAGCACCGAUACAACGCCUGCCGAUGCAGAGCAAGGGAGAUUACGUUGAUAGCACAGCACCGAUACAACGCCUGCCGAUGCAGAGCAAGGAAGACGACGUUGAUGGCACAGCACCGAUACAACGCUUGCCUUUCGUUGUCAACUACCAACUCAACGUCACCAUUACCACCGGAUCCAGUAUCGCCAGCAUGAGACAGUGCUCGCUCCUCCCUUCUGUCUACCUAGAGAUCUACCAAGCAACGAUGGGCGGUCCAGGGGCUGAUGGCGAGCUUCAGAGCACCAGCGAAGAUUUGGGGCCGAAAGCAAAGCCCCCUUCAUACUAG